AUGACCCAGUAUAAGGUUGAUAUACAACCACCAGCCAAAAGACUCUUCUUAUUUGUCGGUGAUGGAUUAAGGGCAGAUAAAUUAUAUCAGCUUUAUCAGGAUGAAAAUGAUAAAGAGAAAUUAAUAACAUUAGCACCAUUUUUAAGAGAUAUAGUACAAAAUCAUGGAACUUGGGGGAUAUCUCAUACAAGAGUACCAACUGAAUCAAGACCUGGUCAUGUGGCAAUUAUUGCUGGAUUUUAUGAAGAUGUUAGUGCAGUGACUAAAGUUGAAUUUGAUUCUGUUUUCAAUCAAAGUCGUUACACUUGGUCAUUUGGAUCACCUGAUAUAUUACCAAUGUUUGCAGAAGGUGCAUCAGAUCCAAAUCGUGUUAAAACAAUAAUGUAUGGUUCUGAAAGUGAAAAUUUUGCUGAAGAUGCUAGCAAAUUAGACACUUGGGUCUUUGAACAAUUUACUCAACUUCUUGCAAAUUCGACAACAGAUUUAAAUUUAUAUAAUAAACUUAAUGAUGAUCAAAUUGUAAUAUUUUUACAUCUUCUUGGAUUAGAUAGUAAUGGGCAUGCUUAUGGACCACAUUCUAAAGAAUAUUUGAAUAAUAUUAAAGUUGUUGAUGAAGGAAUUAGUAAAAUUGUUAAAACUAUUGAAGACUUUUAUGGAAAUGAUAAAAGAACUUCUUAUAUAUUUACUGCUGAUCAUGGAAUGAGCAAUCGAGGAAAUCAUGGAGAUGGACAUCCGGAUAACACGCGGACUCCAAUAAUAGCAUGGGGAGCAGGAAUUAAUAAACCUAAUAAAUUAAAUCCAAUUGGUCAUGAUGAAUUUUCAAAGGAAUGGGAAUUAGAUAAUAUUCAAAGAAAUGAUAUAUUACAAGCAGAUAUUGCUCCUUUAAUGGCAUCAUUAAUUGGAAUAAAUUAUCCUGUAAAUUCGGUUGGAGAAUUACCUUUAGGGUAUCUUAAUAAUACUCCGAUAUUUAAAGCUCAAAGUGCUUUUAUAAAUGCUAAAGAAAUAUUGGAACAAUAUAAAGUAAAAUAUGAAUAUAAGAAAAAAACGAAAUUAUGGUUUAAAGAAUUUCCAGGUUUGAGUAAUUCAACCCAUAAUCACGAGGUAAUGGUUCAAAAGAUACAAAAUCUAAUUAAUGCUGAACAAUAUGAAGAAGCAGAAGCUUUAUGCGUGAUAUUAAUUAAACUUUCAUUAGAAGGAUUAAGAUAUUUCCAAACAUAUGAUUGGCUGAUGUUAAGAUCUAUUGUUACAGCUGGUUAUUUAGGUUGGAUUUUGUAUAGUCUUAAAUUUACUCUUAAAGAAUAUGCAUUUGAAGAAAAAUUCAUUGAAAAGAAAGUGGAUUCAAUAAAUGUUUAUAUAAAUAUUAUUACUGCCAUUUCAUUGAUUCUUUCGAUUGGCCUCCUUUAUGUCCAAAAAUCACCCGGAACAUAUUAUACAUAUGUAAUAUUUCCAGUGUAUUUUUGGCGUGAAAUAUUAUUAGAUAAAAAUAUAUUUUUUGAUGCUUAUAAAAAUUCUUUAAAUCAUAAAAAUUCUUUAUUUUACAUUAUUGGUUAUAUUUUAGUCUUGGAAGUUUUUGUUUACAGUUAUUUUGAACGAAGUGUUUUGAGUUUUUGUUUUGGACUUCUCGCAUUUUGGCCAUUAUUCAUAUCAUCAGAAAUUCGAUCUCAAAAUGUGAUUCUAUUUAUGUCAUGGUUUAUAAGUUGUUUAGCAUCAAGUGUAUUUACUUUACUUCCAGUAGAAAAGGGAGAAGAUAUAACCUUAUUAAUGACUGGAGGAUUAUUAAUUACAACAACCGGCAUUAUUGCACUUUGGAAAAAAAAAUCUGGUUUACCCUUUUUAAAUCAAAUAAUUGCAUGGAUGAUAUUAGUGAUAUCAACCGUAACUCCAUCUGUAUUUGGUUUCGGUUUCAAUAUUCCUCAACAUCACCUACAAAGAUUAACCAUCAUAACAUUGGCAUUUUCUCCAGUAUUUAUUAUUCUUAUAGCAUUUUUUGGUACAGGAAAUGUUGCAAGUUUAGCUAGUUUUUCUUUACAAAGUGUUUAUCGUUUAACCACUAUUUUUGAUCCAUUUUUAAUGGGAGGAUUACUUUUAUUUAAAAUAUUUAUUCCAUUUUUUAUAGUUUCUUCAGUAUUUGGAGUUAUUAACAAAUCUUUAAAUUUACCUUCAUUCAGUUUAUUCUUAUUGGUUUUAUCAACUUGUGAUAUAAUGACUCUAAAUUUCUUUUAUUUAGUAAGAGAUUAUGGAAGUUGUGAAUUCUUGGUGGGAAAUGUUAUAAUUGAUGGUAAUGAAAGAAAAAUUAAAUAA